AUGGUUGGUUACAGAGACGCGGCGUUUGGCACGUGGAUUGUGAACAGAAAUGGGUCUGCGACUGGGGUCUUGCAGUCUCCCACGUGGCAUUUCAGCAGCUCUGUGGACCUGAAGCCUGAAGAUUUCAGCUGGCACGUGGCAUGGACUCUUUUCCUCAAGCUCUGCGCCUUCGUCUGGGCGCACCUCUCGCCCUACAUCACGCCAGCCCUCGAGCCCUUCCUCCCGGCGUGGCAGCAGCAGUGGGCGACAGUGCAAGCCGUGCUCAUGGACCCCUGCUCGCAGCACGCCCUGAUGGCCGACACACACCUCCUCUUCCUCCUCCUCGUCGCCCUCGCCUCCCUCGUUCGCGCCCUCCAACCCGCCCCCCGCCUCGGCCCCGGCGUCACACCCGAGCAGCUGCAGCAACAGCACUGGCUGCACCACCGGCGCCACGUACGCGUUUUAGAGGGGUCUCUUUACACGGUCACAGUGGUGCUGACCAUGCUGGUAGGGCUGGCGAAUCUGGUGGUUUCCCUGUGGUAUGUCUGGCCGGGGUGGCGGCCGGAAUGGUCCGACUGCCCCAUAUUUGAAGACCUGCUGCCGAUCGUGCAGUGUGUGGCGUGGUUCGGCAUGUCCUGGUCGGUCAUGGAGGAGAAAAGACAAGGUGCCACGUGGCACUUCUUCACUCUCCGCCUCUGGUGGACCUCGGUGUUUGUUCUGAAUUCCUGGAGCGUGGUCUACUCACUCGUGCAGAUGCACAAGGGAGUGCCGCUCUCAGUAGACGCAGCCCUUGGGAUCAUCGCCUGGCCCAUUUCCGCCUUUCUUUUUGCAGUUGCUUGCCAAAAACCGCCGCCCGUUCACCGCCCGAACGAACCCCUGACUGAAUCUCUUCUUUCUGGGCUGCCCGGAGUGGCAGACCAGCCGACUGACCCGGGGGUCACCCCCUGGGAGCGGGCAGGCUGGUGGAACGUUCUCACCUUCCAGUGGAUCAACCCGCUGCUCGCCAAGGGGCACCAGAAACCUUUAGACCUGCCCGACAUUCCGUUCCUAGCAGACUGGGACACGGCGGAUGCUGCCCGAGAAGCUUUCUACCGCACGUGGGAUCGAAUCCGGCUCUACACUCCGCUCCAACAACCGUCCAUCACGUGGACUCUAUGGCUCACCUACUGGCGAAAGUUCCUGGCAAUUGCGUUCUGGGCAGGGCUGGAGACGCUGCUACUGUACAUAGGCCCUUCGCUGCUGGCGGAAUUCGUGAGAGUGGUUGGGGGAGACGUGCCUGUGCUGACUUUUGACAGAGGGGGCGCUGCUGGUGUUUGUGCUGCUGGGGUUGCUGGUGAUGCUGGUGCUGGUGGUGGCAGCUGCAGCAGUAGCUCGGGCAGCUGGCAUGUUGAUCUGGCUGGGCCGUUAGCAGCUCUGGGAACGAGCCUGACAGGGGCUUUUGGCUUGACGGGAUUGUUUGGCUCUGCUGCUUCUGCCACUGCUUCUGCUGCUACCGCCAACCUCACUGCCACUGCCCAAACCAUCGCCUCUGCCACCGCUGCUACGGCUGCUGCUGCUGCCUCUUCUGCUGCUGCCUUCGUCACCCAAACAGCAGCAAACGCAGCAGCAGCAGCGACAGACCCUGCAGCCGCAGCAGCAGCAGCAGCAGCAUCAGUAGCAGCAGCAGCAUCAAUAGCAGCAGCAGCACCAGCCCCAAGCCCAGGCGCGCCCCCAGACGACCCAUGGGCGCAGUGGGAGGGGUACUGGCUGUGCGGGGUGCUGCUGGGGUGCAAGCUGAUAGAGACAGUCGCUCAGCACCAGUUCUACUUCCGCUCGGACAUCCUCGGGAUGAACGUGCGCGCGGCACUCACAGGCCAUGUUUUCGAUAAAGCAUUGAGGCUGAGCAAUGCUGCGCGCCACACACACCCGAUGGGCGAGAUCGUCAAUUACAUGGCGCUGGAUGUGCAGGUGAGGGGAUGGGUCCAGGGUUUGGGGUUUCUGGGUUUUGUGUUUGGGUAUAGUUGUGUGCUUGUAUGGGGUGCUGCCCGGGAUGCUGCUGGGGUGCAAGCUGGUGGAGACGGUGGCUCAGCACCAGUCUUACUUCCGCUCGGACAUUCUGGGCAUGAAUGUCAGAGCGGCGCUCACAGGGACGUGCUUGACAAGGCACUCAGGCUGAGCAAUGCUGCGCGGCACACGCACCCCAUGGGAGAGAUUGUCAAGACGUGCAGAGUAGCAGACAUGAUGUUUCAGCUGAACAACCUCUGGACGCUGCCUCUGCAAAUCCUCCUCGCGCUGCUGCUGCUGCACGCCACUGUGGGCCCCGCAGGCACGCUGGCAGGCGUGGCGACCAUGGUGCUCAUGAUGUGGGCUCAGCUGCUGGUGGCGGGGCAGGCCAGGGAGUGCCAGAAAGAGCGAACCGCCUGGCAGGACUUGAGACUCAAGGCCACCACAGAGGCACUCAACAACAUGAAGGUGGGGGCGGGAGCGUAUGUAACAGCAGCAGCGAAGGUAGAGAAAAAGGAAGUGCAGGUGGGGGCGGGAGCGUGUGUAACAGCAGCAGCGAAGGCAGAGAAAAAGGAAGUGCAGGUGGGAGCGGGAGCGUGUGUAACAGCAGCAGCGAAGGUAGAGAAAAAGGAAGUGCAGGGAAGUAGGAUGGCGAAGCAGCAUGUGCGGAAGCUGAGGAAAGAACCUCCACAGAUGCUGGGGGCGAAAAUGGUGAAAGAAGCCGUGAGAGGAGCUGAGACAGGUGUGAGCAGCAUGAAAGUGGAGAUGGUGUGCGACUGGGGGCAAGGAGACCUACGGGUAGGAGGAUGGGAAGGUCCAGUGUGGGCCAAAGCUCAGGAGCGGGAGGAAGCAGAGAGGGAGAACAAGGAGGUGGGGACAUGGGAGUGCCUGCCUGCAGGGGAAGAAGUAGGGCACACAACGGGAGAUGCGAUGAGUCCGGAAGGAAAAGAGGCCGUGAAGACAGUAAGGUGGAGUAAGCGAGGAAUAUGGGAAGCUGAGGCGAUGCAGCCAGCAACACAGGUGCUGCCAGGACCAGCGGGAAUGAAAGGGGCUGAGAACUGGGUGGCAUGGGAGGGAGCCAAGGCAGUAGAAUUCCUGGACGAGGAGAAAACAGCAGCGGCGGAGGUUAUAAAGCUGCACGCGUGGGAGGGGCGGUUCUUGGAACAGAUAAAGGAUUAUCGGGCGAAGGAGGUCGCAUGCCUGCAUGCUGAGGUUCCUUUAUCGAACCUCACCCCCCACACCCCCUUUCCCCCACUCCUCUCCCCCUUUCCGCCCUGCCACCCCCCGCAGUUGAUAAACCUGCAUGCGUGGGAGGGGUGGUUCCUGGAGCAGAUAGAGGACUAUCGGGCGGAGGAGGCGGCAUGGCUGAAUGUUGAGGUGAUAAAGCUGCACGCGUGGGAGGGGCGGUUCUUGGAGCAGAUAGAGGACUAUCGGGCGGAGGAGGCGGCAUGGCUGGCGCGCUACAACUACCUCAUGGCGGCCAACAUCGUCUUCCUCUGGAUGUCGCCUCUCCUCGUCGCCUCCGCCACCUUCGCUGCCUGCGUGGCCUUCGAGGAGCCUCUUUCCGCUGCCUCCAUUUUCACUGCCAUUGCCACCUUCCGGAUCCUCCAGGACCUAGGUGUGCGCAGCCUGGCAUGGCUAGCGCGCUACAACUACCUCAUGGCGGCCAACAUCGUCUUCCUCUGGAUGUCUCCUCUCCUCGUCGCCUCCGCCACAUUCGCUGCGUGCGUGGCCUUCGAAGAACCCCUCUCUGCUGCCUCAAUCUUCACUGCCAUCGCCACCUUCCGGAUCCUCCAGGUAGGCUCUAGGCUCUCUCUAGGGGAGUGCAGCCUGCAUGCAUGGCUGGCGCGCGGCAACCACCUCAUGGCGGCCAACAUCGUGCUCCUCUGGAUGUCGGGGAGGGAGGGAGGUCUCUCUAUGAGGAAGCUCUUCCCUUUCACACCUUAUCCUGUAUUCCACCUUCCCUUCCAUUCCACUGCCUGCUAUCUACUUCAUCUCAUGCUCCCACACUCAUCUCCUCCCACUCCCGUCCGUGCUCCUGCCUCCCUUCCUUUCCCCGCUAUUUUCCACCCCUCUGCCUCACAGGAGCCCCUCCGCUCGUUCCCAGAUGUUCUCUCCUCCAUCUCUCAAGCACUCGUGUCUCUUGACCGCCUCGCCAGGUACCAGUCAGCGCAGGAGAUCGAGGUCACAGCAGUCUCAUGGCUCUCCCCGAAAGACACAGAGGACGCUGUCUUUGUCGACGGGGGCACCUUCACUUCACCUAAGAUCUGCCCCCCUCCGCACCCGCAGCACAUGCACCUGCCCCAUCCCGACCCCCAUCCCCCUCCCUUUCUGCUUCCUCACACCGACGCCCUUGUCCUUGCAGGUACCAGUCAGCGCAGGAGAUCGAGGUACCAGUCAGCGCAGGAGAUCGAGGUGACAGCAGUCUCAUGGCUCUCUCCCGACGACACAGAGGACGCUGUUUUCGUCGACGGGGGCGCCUUCACCUGGGACCUGCCGCCCCCGCACCUGCAGCACAUGCACCGCCCCAACCACAUACCCUUCCUCGUGCCGCUUCCCAUCCCUGCCCCCAUUUCUCUCCCCACGGCAGGUACCAUGUCCCUUGGGAAGGGGGGCAUCGGCAUGCAGAUCGGCAGGGGGGCGAGAGUGGCUAUCUGUGGGCCGGUGGGGUCGGGCAAGUCGAGCCUGCUGAGCUGCAUCCUGGGGGAGAUGCACAAGCUGUCCGGCAUUGUGCAAGUGGCGGGCACCAUAGCACACGUGCCGCAGACCCCCUGGAUUCAGAACGGCACCAUCCGGGACGUCACCUUCGGCCUGAAGAUGAACCUCCAAGCAACUCAAAAGUCUCCCUCUCACUCUCUCACACCUUCACUCCUUCACCCCCUCACUCCCUCACUCAUUCAAUUUCUCAACCCCUCACUCCCUCCCGGCCUCUUUCCGGCAGGUGCAAGUGGCGGGCACCAUAGCACACGUGCCGCAGACCCCCUGGAUUCAGAACGGCACCAUCCGGGACGUCACCUUCGGCCUGAAGAUGAACCUCCAAGCAACUCAAAAGUGCAAGUUGCGGGCACCAUAGCACACGUGCCACAGACCCCUUGGAUUCAGAAUGGCACCAUCCGGGACAACGUCACCUUCGGCCUGCAGAUGAACCGCGCCCUCUAUGAGCGCGUGCUGCGCGUCUGCGCCCUCGCUGCUGACCUGGCAGUGCUGCCACGUGGCGACGAGACGGAGAUCGGGGAGCGGGGGAUCAACCUAUCGGGCGGGCAGAAGCAGCGCAUACAGGUGGCGAGGGCCGUGUACCACGACGCUGACAUCUAUCUGCUCGACGACCCCUUCUCCAGUGUUGACACUGCAACCGGCUCCUUGAUAUUUGAUGUGAGUGAGUUCUCACAGUCUUCCAUCAUCUCAUCUCAUACAGUCCAUUACAGUGUAUUACAGUUAAGCUGGUUCAUGAUCUUUGAUGUGAGCUGGUUCAUGAUCUUUGAUGUGAGCUGGUUCAUGAUCUUUGAUGUGAGCUGGUUCAUGAUCUUUGAUGUGAGCUGGUUCAUGAUCUUUGAUGUGAGCUGGUUCAUGAUCUUUGAUGUGAGCUGGUUCAUGAUCUUUGAUGAGUGUGUGUUGGGUCUGCUGGGGGCAAAGACGGUUCUCUUCGUGACUAAUCAGCUUGAGUUCCUGCCCGCUGCUGACCUCAUCCUGGUGAUGCGGGACGGGGAGAUAGUCCAGGCGGGGCAGUAUGAGGAGCUGCAGCGGGCCGGCACAGACUUCUCCCUCCUGCUGGACGCCCACAACAACGCCAUGGGCUCCAUGGACCUCCCCCCUUCCAACCCUUUCCAACCCUCCCAUACCUCCCACCACCACCUGCAACCGCAACGCGCCCCUUCCCUUGGGAACAUCCUGGCUGCCAACGGUGACGUGUUCUCGCGGUUUGACAUGGACGAUCAAGAGCUGGCAACACUGCUGCUGGGUCCCCAGGCCGGGCCUGACGGGCUCGGGCUAGCCUCGGGCGGAGGCUCGGGAGGGAUGGGAGGCCCAGGGAUGGGUGCGGGAGAUGGUUUGGGUGGUAGGGCGAGUGGGGUUGCUGCGGAUGGGUCGCUGGUGGGGGUGGUGGGUGGGGCGGGAGGGGUGGUGGUGGGACCGAUGGCAGCGGUGGCAGCGGCGGUGGCGAGUGGAGCGGAGGACCGGCAGUUUGGGCGGGUGAAUGCGGAGGUGUACCGGGCGUAUCUCACGCGGGCGUAUGGUGGAUCCAUGGUUCCCAUCAUUGUGGCUUCGCAGGUGAAUGCGGAGGUGUACCGGGCUUAUCUCACGCGGGCGUAUGGCGGAUCCAUGGUGCCCAUCAUUGUUGCUUCGCAGGUAGGAGUCAGGGAGUGCUCGCAGGGAGAAGAGGAGAGGCAGCAGGAGUUAACUCAAGUGCUUCAGAUGGGCGCCAACUGGUGGCUAGCUCGGGAAGUCCAACCCCUGCAUCCAGCAGUGCUCACCUGGCCGGACGUCCGUGCCUACGCCUCGCUCGGCAUCGGCAGCGGCCCCUUCGUUGUCCUCCGCGCCUUCCCGUUUGCGUAUGCAGCACUGUCAUCUCCUUUCAUUCCUCCCUCCCUCCCCUCUCUUCCUCCCCCUCCUCCCCCCUCCCCCAAUUCCCCCCCCCUGCCUCCCACCUACCCCUCUCAGGUGCUUUUCCAGGUGCUUCAGAUAGGCGCCAACUGGUGGCUAGCCCGAGAGGUCCAACCCCUGCAUCCAGCAGUGCUCACCUGGCCGGACGUCCGUGCCUACGCCUCUCUCGCCAUUGGCAGCGGCCUCUUCGUCGUCCUCCGUGCCUUCCUGUCGGUCCAUGUGGGGCUGAGAACGGCUGAUGGGUUCUUUCAGGACAUGCUGCACGCUGUGUUCCGCGCCCCCAUGGCCUUCUUUGACUCCACCCCCACGGGAAGAACCCUUGCUAGGGCAUCAGCGAAUCAGAACGCCCUGGCUGGACUUGCAGCUGUUCAUACUCCACUCCACUCUCACUCCGCCUACCCAUCCUUUCUCUAUUUUCUGUUCCCCCCUUCUCCUUCCGCCGCCAUCAGGCCUCAGCCGACUCAGAACGCGUUGGGCUUGCAGCUCUUCUUCAACUCCUUUGUAUUUCUCUUCAUCCCUCUCCACUCCUUCCUCACCACCUGCCAGGCAUCAGCGGACCAGAACGCGCUGGACUUGCAGCUCUUCUUCAACUUUAACGCCCUCGACUUGCAGCUCUUCUUCAACUUUGGCUCCGUGCUCAACAACCUCGUGCAGCUUCUGGGAAUCUUCCUCGUCACCUCUGCCGUCACGUGGCCGGUCAUCGUCGUCCUCAUCCCCCUCGCGCUGCUCUAUGUGCCUCUGCAGGGUCUACGUGCCUCUGCAGGUGGGGUAGGGUCUAUGUGCCUCUGCAGGUGGGGUAGGGUCUACGUGCCUCUGCAGCGCUACUACCUCUCCUCAUCACGAGAACUCACUCGAAUUGACGGGCUGACCAAGUCGCCCAUCCUCGCGCAUUUCUCCGAGACGCUCGCCGGGGCGGCACGCUACUACCUCUCCUCAUCACGAGAGCUCACUCGAAUCGACGGCCUGACCAAGUCGCCCAUCCUCGCGCAUUUCUCCGAGACGCUCGCCGGGGCGGCGGUGAUCCGUGCGUUCGCCCAGGAGGAGCGGUUUGAGAUAGAAAAUGCGGAUGCGGUGGACAACAACAUGCGCGCCUACUUCCACUACUAUGGCGCCAUCUAUUGGCUGGGGCUGCGAUUGGAGACGAUUUCAGCUGUUGUCCUUGCCUUCUGCGGUGAGCGGUUUGAGAUAGAGAACGUGGAUGUGGUGGACAACAACAUGUGUGCCUACUUCCACUACUAUGGCGCCAUCUACUGGCUGGGGCUGCGACUGGAGACGAUUUCUGCUGUGGUGCUCGCGUUCGUGGCUACUAUUGUUACAAAAGGCAGCUGGAAGAGUGAGGAGAGACGAGUGUGCAGGGAGCGGUUUGAGAUAGAGAACGCAGAUGCUGUGGACAACAACAUGCGAGCCUACUUCCACUACUAUGGCGCCAUCUACUGGCUGGGCCUGCGAUUGGAGACUUCUGCUGUGGUGCCCGCGUUUGUUGCGUUCCUGCUGGUGCUCGUGCCUCAAGGCAUCAUUGAACCAGGUAGGCUUAACAGGGGCGGGCGGGGCGUCCCCCCCUACGGCCUGACACUCAACAUGGCACUGGUGAUGACCAUGUGGCAUCUCCCAAUCAACGAGAACCAUGAGCUCACAUCUUCUCCCACCUACCCCUCCUUCUUCGCCCUGUUCUUUCUGUGCCUUUCACCAGGCCUAGCAGGCGUCUCUCUGGCCUACGGUCUAACCCUCAACAUGGCGCUAGUCAUGACAAUGUGGCAUCUCUCCAACCUUGAGAACAAGCUGGUGGCAGUGGACCGCAUCCGCCAUUUCUCCGCCAUCCCCUCUGAGGCGCCCUUGAUUGUCGAAGGCAACCGGCCCUCUGCUGACUGGCCCAACCGCGGCUCCAUCAGCUUUGAGAACCUGCAGGUGAGCCAGGUUGCCCAGCCCACUGCUUCUCAGCUUGUCGCUAUGCGCUACAGGGAAGCCAUGCCACUGGUACUGAAAGGCGUGACAGUAACCUUCAGAGGUGGUGAGAAGAUGCGUUACAGAGAAGCAAUGCCGCUCGUCCUAAAGGGUGUGACAGUGACAUUCAGAGGCGGGGAGAAGGUGGGAGUGGUCGGCCGCACGGGCAGCGGCAAAUCCACCCUCGUCGUCGCUCUCUUCCGAUUGGUCGAGCCGGUGGGCGGCCGAGUCAUGAUCGACGGCGUGGACAUCUCGACCAUCGGAUUGCAAGAUCUACGGUCCAGAUUGGCCAUCAUCCCACAGGAUCCGACCCUGUUCGAAGGCACGGUUCGGUCGAACCUGGACCCUCUGGGUCGGUACCAUUCCAGUUUGCUCUGGGAGGUGCUCGAGAAGUGCCAGCUGGCAGAGGCGGUAAUGGACAAAGAGGACAAGCUGGACGCCAUUGUGGUGGAGGGUGGAGAGAACUGGAGUGUGGGGCAGAGGCAGCUCUUCUGCCUCGCCAGAGCUCUGCUCAAGCGCUCGCGAAUCCUGGUGCUGGAUGAAGCAACUGCGUCCGUUGAUUCGGCCACCGACGCCAUCAUCCAACGGACCAUAAAGGAGAACUUCGCCCGGGCGACGGUGAUCACUGUAGCGCACCGCAUCCCCUCUGUGAUCGACUCCGAUAAAGUGCUCGUGCUGGAAGCAGACUGUCUCUACUUGUCAUCUCCUCUAUUCACUCACCUCUCCCCACUCCUCUCCCUUUGUCUGUCACUCUCCCUCCUGGCGUAUCGUUUUAUUGCCCUCUUUCCUCUCCGCUUCCACU